UAGAAAGUAAUUCUCUUUUAGGGUUGAACACAAUGAGGAUUGUCCUACUGGGGAAAACUGGAGCUGGGAAGAGCAGCCUGGCUAACACCAUAUUUGGAGAGGCCAAAUUCAAAAUAAACCAUUUUAAUGACUUGAAAACACAUUUUUGUGAAGCAGAAACCAAAUCUGUCAAUGGAAGAAGCAUCACUUUGAUCGACACUCCUGGUUUCUUUGACCCAGGCAGGUCUGAGGAGGACAUGAAGCCUGAGAUGAUGAGGUGUAUCAUUGAGUGCGCUCCUGGGCCUCAUGCUUUUCUCAUUGUGCUUAAAGUGGAGAAAUUCACCGAGCAGGAGAAAGCUGUCAUCACAAAAAUGUGUGAAUAUUUCUCUAAGGAUGCUUUCAAAUAUGCUGCAGUUGUCUUAACCCAGGGUGACCAGCUCCCAGAAGGGAUGAAGAUUGAGGAGUUUGUCAGUCAAAGUGAGCAUCUGAGUGAUCUGGUGAAGAAGUGCGGCGGCCGAUGCCACGUUGUUGAUAAUAAAUAUUGGAAGAUCAAACAGCAGGAUGAAUACAGGAGCAACCAGUUCCAGGUGGCAGAGCUACUCAACACCAUAGACAAGAUAGUGAUGGAAAACAAUGGAGGCUACUACACCAAUGAAAUGCUGCAAACAGUGGAGAGAGAAAUACAGAAAGAGGAAGAGCGCAUCAGACUGUCAUCAGGAAACAUGACACAGGAAGAGAUCAGACAGCAGGCUAAAAGCAGAGUCCUUGAGAAGCAUUUGAACAAAGCACCAUGGACAUUGAUUAGCGGUUUUGUGGGUUUGGCGAUCAUUGUUGGACUUGUUGCAACUGUGUUGAAGUCAAAAUUUAUGAAGGUAUGA